ACAUAUUUUUUAAGGCAAUAUGUUCGAUUUUUUGUUUGUUUGGCUAGAGCUCCAGAACUAUUUAGUUAUAUAGCCAAAAAUAGCCAAGAGGAUGUGUUCUAUGAAGAUGACAUUUGGCCUGAAGAAAAUGAGAACGGUGCUGAGAAAGUUCAAGAAAUUAUUACUUGGCUAAAGGGGCAUCCUGUCAGUACUUUGUCUCGUUCUUCUUGUGAUUUACAAAUUCUGGAUACCGCUAUUGUUGAGAAAAUUGAGGAAGAAGUUGAAAAGUGCAAGCAAAGAAAAAACAAUAAGAAGGUACGAGUGACAGUGAAGCCCCAUUUGCUGUACAGACCUUUAGAACAGCAACAUGGAGUCAUUCCUGAUUGGGAUGCAGAAUUUCGCCUCUUUGACCGUGUUGUGAAUGUGAGAGAGAACUUCUCAGUUCCAGCUGGCCUGCGGGGCACCAUCAUAGGAAUCAAAGGGGCUAAUAGAGAAGCUGAUGUACUGUUUGAAGUAUUAUUUGAUGAAGAAUUUCCUGGAGGCUUAACAAUAAGAGCAGCAGAGGACGAAUGUAAGCAAGCCCAGCCCAAGACAGGCCGGAUGCACACGCCCAGCCCUGACCGCCUGCGCUCUGCACCAGCUCCUCCCACAGACAGAGGCUGGCAGCCAUGA